AUGUGGUACCCCUGCUUCCUUACGGGCGAUACUAUCCGCCAGAAUCAUCCGUCCAACAGGCAAGCUGGCGAGCUCAGCACCUAUGUCCGCGGACAUGUAGGCAUCCAUAACUAUGGACCUCUUGCUCCUGUCCAACGGUUCCUACGCACACUUGGCCCUAAUCAGCCUCCGGGGUUUGCCCGAGCGGGCACAAUAUCCGUCGGCCGAACGGCCUCGCUCAUUGCAAUCACAGCAUGCGGCUUGAUGGAACGGUUUGCACCCAGGCUCGAAGAGUCCUGCAGUAUCGAAUCAGAGCUUGAGAUCCCACCCUCAAGCUUUCCACGCCUCCUUCCCUUCAUCCAACGUGUUGCUGAAGAGCCGCGCCGAGCGUCCUCCGUGUUCCUCGGUUGGAACUUGAAGACCGCUUUUCUGAUAUGGUCCACGCUGGCCAUUUCUUUGACUUCCGGCAUCCAAGUCCUGCGGGAUAGAGGGAAAAGCUCCCAGAGAGCGCAAGUAGACUCUUCGCCGUCGACCGAACUAUCCUCUAGCUAUCGCGGGAGCGGCUAUCAAGAACCGGAUGCUCAGACGGAGUUCGUCUCUGCGCCGGGAGAUGGCCAUCUUUACCUAUACGGUGAUCUCUACGAUUUCAGAGCUUUCAAUACUCCUACACUGUUUCAAAGGACCGAUUUCGAAGUACGGGAUCUACUGCAGACUGUUGCUGGCUUUGGGACACCAGUUACUCGGACCUAUACCUUACAAAUUGCCAACACAAAAUUCCAAGGCACCAUGCCUCCCUCCGAGGCUCACGUGAUUGGAUGGGAUAAGUCUUCAAAUGAUUGGAAGUACAAUCAAACUGUCUGGGAACAGAUGGAUAAUGUGCUUGAUCUGGCCCGGGAAUAUGGGGUCAAGCUCAUAAUCCCAAUCAUCAACCAGGAUUAUGGAACAAAUGAAACAAACUACGUAGGAAACUAUAAUGAUUUGAUCCGUCAUAGAUACAAUAUACCCCAAUACAACUCGGCGAACAGGGCAGUGGACUGGUUCACAGACCGGAGGAUGAUAGACAGCUUUAAGAAGUUGAUCUCUUUCCUUUUGAACCGUGUCAACACUGUAAAUGGUAUCCGAUACGGUGACGACGACACCAUCUUGGCUGUUGAGACAGGAAAUGAACUCAAUUGGGGGGACUCCAAAAAAAUCAUCUUCCAAAGGGCUCCUCCAGCAAAGUGGACACUUGAGAUUGCCAAGCACAUCAAAUCCCUGGCACCUAGAACACUUGUGAUGGAUGGUAGUUAUUCACGGAAGAAUAGUUCUUUUUGGGAAAAAGCCGUGUUGGAAUCCGAAUACGUAGACCUGUUUGAUUAUCACCUCUAUGGGGAAAACGAUCUUAACUCCUACGCUGCUCUACAUGACGAAGUACGCGCUUACGGAAAAACAUUGAUCAUUGGUGAACAUGGAUUUUAUUCCAACAUCGCCACCUACAAUGAAGUGUACAAAAACUUUGAUUGUGCUGGCGCGCUAAUAUGGUCCUUAAGAGGGCACUCCGAAAAGAGUGGUUUUGAUACCCAUGGAGAGGGCAACAACAUCUACAGCUACCAUGCACCCGGUUGGCAGAAUCAGACCUCAAAGGCCUUUGACACUCAAGAAAGCAGUGUGAUCUCUGCGACAUACAAUGCUAGCUAUGCCAUCCUGGGACUCAACCCACCACCGAAACCGGUCCCAGGGACGCCACACCCCUUUUUCCUCACCAACGGAACUCAUGCUGGUCUUUCAUGGAGAGGCGCCACCUGGGCAGAUCGUUACGAGAUAUUUGGGGGUCAUCUACAGGGCUUGUCCUUCAACGUUCUUUCGAGCCAAGUGCAGGAUAACGUCGGUUCGGGCGAAGUAUUUGUCCCACUAGAUCCCCACCAACCAACCAAGUUGCUUACGGUCCGACCGGGAAGGCCGAAACCACACGAGUCGCACCGAGGCUGGGUGGACAUGAAGUGGUGUGUCCCGGGCUCGGUAUGCUGGAAAGCAACUCACCUGUUCGACAAACCCAAGAACAACACUACUGCCGCCGAUUUUCCUCCCAUCAGCUCAAAACAAUCCAAGUUCCACAUCAAUCCACUCUCACAGCCCUCCACCAACCCACGCUACCAGCUCCUACCUUCGAUGUUGCCCAGCUCUUCAUCAACCCGAAAGCGUGCCUUGGAAGGCGGCUGGUAUUCCGUCCGAGGAGUUAACUCCGACGGCGUGCCCGGAAAACGCUCUAGGGCUGUCUUCCUCAAGUCCAAUUGGUUCAACUGGCAUCCCAAGGAAUGA